UUGUGAAAGACGAUUUCUGAAAAGAAAAAGAGCGAUCUUCCACCAGGAACACGAAGAAAAAGAUUGGGAAAUCGCGCGCAUUCUCCAGCGCACAAUGAUCCCUUUAUCAUGCUCUCAAGCAAUCCCUCUCAAGUAAUCAAAAUCGUCCCCUACUAUACAGUAGUAAUAUUUCAUUCAAAUUUCAAAAGCACUGAAACCCGAGCAUCCAUUAUUAGGCGUAUAUAAGGAGUCCCCGAAAAAACAGAGCACCCUCGAGGAGAACAGAGCACGAAGAAGAUGGCGACUCUGCAGAAGUUCAAGCUCCUAGCCGCCCAGUGCGGCGUGGCCCCGAGCCCCACGCGCAGCCCGAGAGCAAGCCCCGUCGUCCAGCUCCGCCGCCAGAGCCACAAGACCACCCUGGGGAUGCUCUUCGCUCGCGGCUGCGGGGUCGGGGUGCGGCGGGUCGACUCGGUCGAGCCGAGAAGCUUCCACACGCCAGAAUCGGGCGGGGAGAAGAGGAAGAAGAGCGCGAGCGGGCGCACUCUGAAGGACCUGUUCGUGUCGCCGCCGCCAAGCCCGGAAAGAGAUGGCGAUGGAAGGGGAGGCGGCAAAGGAAACGGAAGCGGCGGGGAGGAGGUGUUUCCUUUCCACGCGGGCAGCCUAGGCGGUGUGAUUGCCGGGCACGGUUCGCCAAGGCCGGUCUUCAUGGGGUUGCGGUUCAGGUCGCUGAUGCUCAGGAAGGCCUGGCGUCCCACGCUGGAAACAAUACCCGAGUGAUAUGCCCAUGCGGAACCCAAAUUUUGCUACGAAUUGUGUCGAGGACCGUCGUUUCGAGUGGCAGAAUCAACUCAACUCGGUCGUCGUCCCUCUCAUUCCCUAGACUCCAAUCUCGAUCUUAUCUUUGCGUUUCGCGUCGCAUACUUGUCUCAAGUUUGCGCAGAUGAGAUUCUAAUGAAAUGACAUGCCAUGCGAAAAUUGCCUUCUCUAUAAUUUGGAUACUAUUCCGACAAGUAUAAGGCCUAAGUCGCUAGAAAUAUGUUCAGGUGCUAUGCCGCAUCGUAGGCUAUG